UGCAGAUUCCAACACGAGCUCCUCGCCUCCAUCGCCUUCUACACCUGGAAGCCCUCCAAGUAUCGCGUGGUGCAAUGGAGGGAGGCGCAGCAGCAGCGCCAGUGAGCGGCACGGCCUUCUCCCUGCCACACUUCUACGACUACCCUCCCUACUUCACGCUGCAGCCGAUCAAGGCGACGCGCGAGAGGCAGGUGCGGCUGUGGGCGGAGCUGAUCGUGGCGUGGUGCCGCCACCACCGCACGCUGCUCGUGCCCCUCGACCACUUCCCCCUCUUCCACCACCCCGCCAUCCAGCGCAAAUUGGCGUUCGAGGCGCGGCAGGUCUUUCUCGAGGCUCUCGUUGCAGAAGGGCGGGCGGAGUGGACGGAUCGCAGUCGAACGCGGUGCCUCAUUCUGUGGAAGUCCAUCAACGACUGGGCCGACACCCUGCUGCACUUCGUGCGUGAGAACGGAUUUGGUGAUUCUGUUUUGACACUGGAGGAGAUACGAGCAGGAGAUGAUACGAAAGGGACAGACCUGGAGGGCAUUGACGAGGACGUGUUGCGGAGGGCCGUCAGAGUGCUGGAGGGGAGGGGCCUUGCCACGCUCUUCAAGGGCUCCUCCUCCGACGACGAAGGGGUCAAGUUCUUUGCCUAG